AUGGAGACACAUGAGGGGAGUUGGAACGGCCACACAUGCAUCUAUUUUUUGGGAUUUAGUACGAACAAAGGCGUCACAGUCGUGGGAGGCACAAGAACAAACACCAACAGCAUAGUUCCUGCUCCAAAAGGAUAUCAAAUUGGAGGAUUUCUUGGUCGUAGUGGAAUUUAUCUCGAGCAGCUGGGUGUGAUAUGGCAAACAGUGCCAGACUCUUCAAUUAAAAAUUUGCCUAGUAGUGCGUCUACGUCUAGUGAUGGCUCUUCAUCAUCUGAUGAGGAGAAAAUAGAUACGACAAAAUUGGAUUUGAAGGAUGACUCGGAUACCUAUAGCUUGUCUGAUGCCUCUUCAUCAGUAGAUUCGACAUCUAGUGAUAUCAGUGACUCCAUGUCCGAUGAUAAAAUGCUUAAAUAUGUGACAGACGCAUCGACGGGAUCGAAUGACGACUUGACCACUUCAUCUUUGGCUGAUUUAUCGACCAAAGUCUCAUCGCUUGCAUCUUCUUCAAGUGAUGCCAAUGGUUCGAUGUCUUUGGAUAAUAAGAAAGGUAUUGUAAAGAAUUUACAUGGGCUUCGAUUUGAUUCUCUGGACACAAGUGAUGGUGCGAGUGAAAGCGAAUUCAAAGGUGUAGACGAUUUUACAGAUGACGAGGCCAGCAAUAACGCAUCGGAUCAAACGUCAUCCUAUUUGGAUGAAAUGUCAUCUGGAUCAACAGCUGAGCCUUCAUUGUUGGCAUCCAAAACAAGUGAUGCUCAUAGCUCAAUGUCAUCAAAAAAGGCAGAAAUCAGCGCGGCGGAUUUAUUUGAUCUGAUGGCGAGUUCACGUUACGCUAGUACGGAUACCAGUUUGAAUGGGUAUGACGUUAGCAAAGAGUAA